AUGUCACUGAGCUGGUCGUCCGACUGGUCAGAGUCAACGACGUCUUGCUCUUCCUCGGACUCCGACUCUUCGUCGUCCUCGUCACUGCUUAAAAGACCAGCGUCAUCCAGCUCUUCCACGUACUCCACUUCGUCCUCCUCGUCCUGGUCGCGCUCCUCCAGCCCAACCAUCUCUCUCUUGAGCUCCAGUCUAUCGGUCAGCAUGCUAAACUUACCUCUCAGUUCCAGUAGUCUGUCAAGGUUGGCUGCUCUUCUUCUCAUCGUGGUAGCAACCAGACUCAGAUUUGCAGAGUUCUGCAAAGCACCUCCAUGGAAAAUUAAAAUGUGCUUGAUCCAGUACACCAAGUUUGUCUGA